CAAUACAAAAGUCACCGUUAAAACGAUAUAUUAUAUCUGGAUUGAUGCACAAAAUGUUAUAUUUUUAACAAAAACACAGGGAGAGAAACCCUAACGAGAAAAAUGCGAAGUCAGCAAAGAAAAGAGUAUGACACACAUUUCCCCCUCAAACUUUCUCUCCCUCUAUUCACAGUAAUAUGUCCUCACAUUUGCUUUCCAACACUAGUGGCGAGUGAUUUUGCAACAUAACGGGGUUUGUGUGUUCAGACAAAGGCAACAUCUCUGAGCUGAGAUUUUACUGUAGGGACUAAAUAGGGAAUCAUGGCACCAACCGUUAUACUUUUAUCUUUGCUAACUUUUAUAGUUGUUUUAGUUGGAGGAGUAACUACUUCACCUCCUCCUAAACAAUCAGCUACAACUGCAUCAUAUCAUUUAAAUUACACUCAGGCAUCAUCUGCAACUGGAAGCGUGAGAGCCCGUGUUAAACCCAGGACCACCAGCACUUAUGGAAACAUCUCACCUGCGAAGGUAAGCAGUUUGCCCAAGACGGUCAAACCCACUGAGGCGACCACCAGGGCUCUACAACCCACUGAGGGAAGCACCAAACCUCUGAAAGCCACGACAUUCAAACCCACUCCAGCCACCGGAGCUCCCAAACAAACGAGUACCACGAAACUCUUAAAACCCACAGCAGUGAAGCCAACACUACCAGCCACAAAAACAACGACCACCCCAGUACGCUUCAACACAGAGGACCUGAAUGAGAACAUCGAUAAAAACGUGGAACGGAGAGUUUGGAACACAAAAGAAAGUGAAGAACCACCGGUAUUUGAAUGUCCUCCUUUGGGUCUGGAGUCUCUGAAAGUAAAAGACUCACAGAUUCAGGCCUCUUCUUACAAGCGCAUGGGCCUGGGGCCACACAGGGGCCGACUCAACAUACAGUCUGGUGUGGAGGAUGGUGAUAUCUAUGACGGAGCUUGGUGUGCCGAGUAUAAAGACCAGAACCAAUGGUUACAGAUAGAUGCCAAGAAACUCACACGGUUCACAGCAGUGAUACUACAGGGUCGUGGCUCUAUAUGGAGCUUAGACUACGUAGAAACCUUUAAGGUUCAAGUUAGCAAUGACACCAUUAAAUGGAAGCCAUGCAUGAAUGCAACAGAAGAGGCGGUGUUUGAGGGGAACAAGGACAGCGAAACGCCAGUCUUGGCCAUUUUGCCUGAGCCAGCGGUGGCACAAUACAUACGCAUUAACCCUCAGACCUGGUUUAAGAAUGGGACCAUCUGUCUGAGAGCUGAAAUUAUGGGCUGUGAGCUGCCAGAUCCAAACAAUAUCUACCCAUGGCAAGCUGAGGAAGGCACCAAGGACAAACUGGACUUCAGACAUCAAAAACAAAAAGAUAAGAAAAAGCUCAUGAAGUCUGUGAACGAGAUGUGUCCUGAUAUCACCCGCAUUUACAGCAUUGGAAAAAGCUACAUGGGCCUUAAACUGUAUGUGAUGGAAAUCUCAGACAAUCCAGGCAAACAUGAGCUGGGUGAACCUGAGUUUCGCUAUGUGGCUGGUAUGCAUGGGAACGAAGUGCUUGGGAGGGAACUACUGCUCAACUUAAUGGAGUAUAUAUGCCAAGAGUACAAACGUGGAAAUCAGCGCAUAGUUCACCUAGUUGAAGAGACACGCAUCCAUCUACUGCCCUCAAUGAACCCUGAUGGCUAUGAAAUGGCUUACAAGAAGGGUUCAGAGCUGGCCGGGUGGUCACUGGGUCGCUUUAGUUAUGAGGGCAUUGACAUGAAUCACAACUUUGCAGAUCUGAACACAAUAAUGUGGGAUGCCAUCGAGCUUGAAACAGACAAAUCUAAACUAAUCAAUCACUACUUUCCCAUUCCAGAGCACUACACUUCAGAAGAGGCUAUGGUGGCUUCAGAAACGAGAGCCGUCAUCAGUUGGAUGCAAACUAUACCAUUUGUUCUCAGCGCUAACCUCCAUGGAGGAGAGCUAGUGGUCACAUACCCAUUUGACAUGACCAAAGACUGGGCUCCCAAAGAGCACACUCCUACCCCUGAUGAAAGCUUCUUCCGCUGGCUGGCCACAGUUUAUGCAAGCACCAACCAUGUGAUGUCCGACCCAGACCGAAGGCCCUGUCACAAUGAGGACUUCCUCCGUUACAAUAACAUUAUCAAUGGAGCAAACUGGCAUACGGUGCCAGGCAGUAUGAAUGACUUUAGUUACCUGCACACCAACUGUUUUGAGGUGACGGUGGAGCUGUCCUGUGAUAAGUUCCCUCAUGCCAGUGAGCUGCCCAUAGAAUGGGAAAGCAAUAAAGAAUCUCUCCUUGUCUACAUGGAGCAGGUGCACAGAGGGAUCAAAGGAGUGGUUAAGGACAGAGACACUGAAGCCGGCAUCGCUGAUGCCAUCAUCAAAGUAGAUGACAUUGACCACCACAUAAGAUCAGCUUUUGAUGGGGACUUCUGGCGCCUGUUGAACCCAGGUGACUAUGAUGUCACAGUGACCGCAGAGGGAUAUUUCCCAGCUACACAAAGUUGCAGGGUUGAGUACGAGCAUUACCCCACUAUAUGCGACUUCCACCUGACCAAGACACCAAAACAGCGUCUGAGAGAGAUCCUGGCCAAGGGAGGCAAGAUUCCCAAAGACCUACAGCUCCGACUGCGGCAGCUGCGCAUACGGAAACUGCGUGCCAGCACUAAGCUUAUUAAUCGACGCAGGGCAUCACAGCAGCGCAGGGCUAGAGGGGCCCACAACUAGACUGACCUUUAACCUUCUACCUGUUUUGCCGGCCAAGUACAGGAUUAAACUAUCAGUGUCACAGGCAAAUGCAAUUUAGAGGGCCUGUAAAUUAUGUUUAGAGAAGAUACAUUAUGCAGUGUAAAUUUCACCCAAAAAUGUUUCAGAAUGUUACUUUUAUACUAAACACUGUUAUUGAUAAAAUGGGCAAUUAAAAUAACACCAUUGUUGGAAAGUUUGAUUUUCAAUCUUAUCUGUGCACUGAAAAGAGCAAAUACAACAUCUCCGUCUGGAACUGA